AUGUGCAAGAGAAUAUGGAACCUUAAGAUUGACCCUACAAGGAUGAUACUACAGCUGGCAAACCGCUCCAUCACAAGACUAGUCAGAGUGGUAGAAGAUGUCUUAAUCAAAGUCCAUCAACUAACAUUUCUGAUGGACUUUGUAAUCAUGGACAUUGAAGAAGAUGCUGAGAUCCCCUUGAUUUUGGGUCGACCAUUCAUGGUGACUGCAAAGUGUGUUGUGGACAUGGGGAAGGACAACUUGGAGAUGAGUGUGGAAGACCAGAAAGCCACCUUCAACUUGUUUGAGGGAAUUAAUCAUCCCAAAGAAGAUGAAUCCAAGCCAGUUGUAAAUCCUACAGAUUCUUCUAGUGUCUUCCUGGGGCCAAAACAGGUCAGGGCCCGAGCUCUAGACAUUCCACCAAUGGUCCCUCCUCCAGAUGUCUCUCCUCCACUUGCUGGCCAAACCUUUAUGCUCUUUUCUCAGCCAAAGCAGCUCCUCCCAAUGUUGCAUAGCCUCCACCAUGGCCAGUACCUAUUGAUAUAG